UCCAAUACUUAGGCUGUCUGUGGGGUCGUAGAAAGACCCUCAAUACUGUUCCAAGAUCUAAGCCGGCAGAAGGGGGCCACCCUGUGGAACCUUAUGGUGAAGCCGCCCUGUGAGGCGGAGCUUCGGCAGUUCUCCACAAACCCCUGGCACAGCAGCCAAACCCCAAAGUUCUCGCGGGCAUUGGGACUUAAUCCCCAGAAAGCCAAAACCUCCUCUCUGCAUGACUCCUGACGCCCCUUCGGUCCAGGAAACACAGUUUGUUCCUUUUGUGUCUUGGCUGACCUUACCCACUGCUCUUGUGCUCAGAUAGUUCAAGGUGCUACCAUGGAGUCUGACCAUUGCUGACCGGCAGCCACACAGCACUGAAGUGAUAGCCUGCUUGGACCUACACAUCUAAGAAAGAGGAAAACCAUGGCUUCUAGCAGCACUGAGACCCAGCUCCAGAGGAUCAUCCGUGAUCUACAAGAUGCAGUGACAGAACUAAGCAAUGAAUUUAAGGAAGGCGGAGAACCAAUCACAGAUGACAGCACCAGCUUGCACAAGUUUUCUUAUAAACUUGAGUAUCUUCUGCAAUUUGAUCAGAAGGAGAAGGCUAGCCUCCUGGGUAGCAAGAAAGACUACUGGGAUUACUUCUGUGCGUGCCUAGCCAAGGUGAAAGGAGCAAAUGAUGGGAUUCGAUUUGUCAGGUCCAUCUCUGAGCUCCGAACAUCUCUGGGAAAAGGAAGAGCCUUCAUUCGCUACUCUUUGGUGCACCAGAGGUUGGCAGACACCUUGCAGCAGUGCUUCAUGAACACUAAAGUGACCAGUGACUGGUAUUAUGCAAGAAGCCCCUUUCUGAAGCCAAAGCUGAGCUCUGACAUUGUGGGUCAACUGUAUGAGCUGACUGAGGUUCAGUUUGAUCUAGCAUCAAGAGGCUAUGACUUGGAUGCCGCCUGGCCAACAUUUGCCAGGAGGACGCUAGCCACCAGCACGUCUGCUUACAUGUGGAAACCCCCCAGCCGAAGCUCCAGCAUGAGUAGUUUAGUGAGCAACUACUUGCAGACUCAGGAGAUGGCCUCCAGUCUUGACCUGAAUUGUUCUCUAAACAAUGAAGCACUAGAAAGCUUCGAUGAGAUGCGGCUGGAGCUGGACCAGUUGGAGGUUCGGGAGAAACAGCUACAAGAACGUGUACAGCAGCUAGACAGGGAGAACCAAGCACUGCGAAUGAUGGUCAGCAGGCAAGGGGGGCAGCUUCAGGUAGAGAAGGAGAUGGGGUACCUUGCAGUCGAGGACAGCAGUGGCCUUGUGAGCCUGGUAGCAGAGCUCCAGAAGCAGGGGGACGUCACCCAGGCCACAGUGAAGAAGCUACAGACAUGUCUGCAGGCCCUGGAGCUAAAUGUAGACAAGAAAGAGUACAGCCCCUCAGCCUUGCAGCUUGAGGACAUGGCGAAGGAGCUUGACACUGUGAGAGGCUCCUUGGGUAGGGAGAACCAGCUUCUGGCCAGCCUUGCAGAGCGCCUCGCUAGGGCAGAGAAAGGGGAAAAGCCACCUCCAGACACAGAGCUUCAUCAAGAGCCAGUUCCUACAGAUCUGGUGCUCAAGUUCCAGGAGCUGAAGGGAAAACUUCAAGCCCUAGAAGGAGAGAACACCAAGGCCCAGGAGCUAAACAGGCAGCAGAGUAUCAAGCUAGAGCAACUGGCCAAGGAACUACAGCUGAAGGAGGAUGCCCGGGCUAGCCUAGCACACUUAGUGAAGGAUAUGGUCCCACUUCAGGAAGAGCUGUCUGGAAAGAAGCAAGAGUCAGCUCAGCUCCGGCGACAGCUUCAGGAAUCCCUGGCCCACUUGAGCUCUGUGGAGGAGGAGCUGGCUGAAGCCAGGCAGCAGGAAAAGCAGCAUCGAGAAGAAAAGCAGCUCCUGGAGCAGGAAGCCAAGUCUCUGACAUGGCAGCUGCAGCUCCUAGAGACCCAGCUAGGACAGGUGAGUCAGCUUGUGAGUGACCUGGAGGAGCAGAAGAAGCAGCUCAUGCAGGACAGAGAUCAUCUCAGCCAGAGAGUGGGCACACUGGAGCAGCUAGCCAAGGCGCAUGGCCCUCCACAGUCUGCGGAGAUUCCAGAAAAGGGGCAGCAGUGCCUCCAGGAACAACAGGUAAAUAGUACCACAGUGUCAGAGGCAGACCAGGAGGAGUUGCAGAAGGUCAACCAGGAGCUACAGAAGGAGCUGCAGAACAUGGUUGACCGCAACCAGCUUCUAGAAGGCAAACUGCAGGCCUUGCAAACUGACUAUAAGGCACUGCAGCAGCGAGAGGCAGCAAUCCAGGGCUCUUUAGCCUCCCUGGAAGCUGAACAGGCUAGCAUCCGGCAUCUGGGAAACCAGAUGGAAGCAAGCCUCCUGGCUGUGAAGAAAGCCAAAGAGACUAUGAAAGCCCAGGUAGCAGAGAAGGAGGCUGCCCUGCAGAGUAAGGAGAGUGAGUGCCAGAGGCUGCAGGAAGAGGCAGAUCAGCGCCGGCUUCAGGCAGAGGCCCAGGCCCAAGAGCUCAGAGCUCUUGAGAACCAGUGCCAGCAGCAGAUUCAGCUGAUUGAGGUCCUCUCUGCAGAAAAAGGCCAACAGGGUCUCAGCCUGCCCCAAGUCAACACAGACCAACUGGCCCUGUCUCAAGCACAGCUGGAAAUUCACCAGGGGGAAGCCCAGCGGUUACAGAAUGAGGUGGUGGACCUCCAGGCCAAGCUCCAGGUGGCCCUAGGUGAUCGAGACAAGUUACAGAGCCAGCUGGGUGUGGCUGAGACCGUUCUAAGGGAGCACAAGACCCUGGUGCAACAACUGAAAGAGCAGAAUGAAGCCCUCAACAGGGCCCAUGUUCAGGAGCUGCUUCAGUGCUCGGAGAGAGAGGGGAUACUACAAGAGGAGAGCAUCUACAAGGCCCAGAAGCAGGAACAAGAGCUACGAGCCCUGCAGGCAGAGCUGUCACAGGUGAGGUGCAGCUCUGAGGGAGCCCACCUGGAACAUGCAGAGCUGCAGGACCAGCUGCACCGAGCCAACACAGACACAGCUGAGCUUGGCAUACAGGUUUGUGCACUGACAGCUGAGAAGGAUCGAAUGGAGGGGGCCCUGGCCAGUCUAGCCCAGGAGCUCCAGGACUCCAAAGAAGCAGCACUACAGGAACGAAAGGGUUUGGAGCUCCAAGUGAUGCAACUUCAGCAAGAGAAGGAGAAGUUGCAGGAAAAGGUGAAGGCAGCUGAGGAGGCAGCCAGUUCAUUCUCUGGUCUGCAGGCACAGCUGGCCCAGGCUGAGCAGCUAGCCCAGAGCCUCCAAGAGACUGCACACCAGGAACAAGAUGCCCUCAAGUUCCAACUAAGUGCUGAGAUUAUGGACCACCAGAACCGAUUAAAGACAGCCAAUGAAGAGUGUGAGCGUCUCAGGGCCCAGCUAGAAGAACAAGGCCAGCAGCUGCAAAUGACUAAGGAGGCUGUGCAGGAACUGGAGAUCACCAAGGCAGCCAUGGAGGAGAAGCUGAAUUGCACCAGUAGCCACCUUGCAGAGUGCCAGGUCACUUUGCUGCACAAAGAUGAAGAAAGAACUAUGCUUCAAACCAGCCUAGAAAGAACACAGAAGGAACUUGAAAAGGCUACAUCCAAAAUUCAAGAAUAUUACAACAAACUCUGCCAAGAGGUGACAAACAGGGAAAGGAAUGACCAGAAGAUGCUUGCAGACCUCGAUGACCUGAACAGAACCAAGAAAUACCUUGAGGAGCGGCUGAUAGAGCUGCUCAGGGACAAAGAUGCUCUCUGGCAAAAGUCCGAUGCACUGGAAUUCCAGCAGAAGCUCAGUGCUGAAGAGAAAUGUCUUGGGGACAUGGAAGUCAACCACUGCCAUGACUGCAAGCGGGAGUUCAGCUGGAUAGUGCGACGGCACCACUGCAGGAUAUGUGGCCUUGUCUUCUGUUACUACUGCUGUAAUAACUAUGCUGUGACUAAGCCCAAUGGCAAGAAGGAACGCUGCUGCCGAGCCUGCUUCCGGAAGUUCGGUGAAGGCUCUGGAUCCAAUGAUAGCAGUGGUUCAGGCACUAGCCAAGGAGAGCCCAGCCCCAUGGUGUCACCAAAUGAAGCAGGUCCCCAGUCCAUAGGAAGCCAAGGUAUUCCUGCCUGCAGACCACCAGAUGAUGCUGUGUUUGACAUCAUCACUGAUGAAGAACUGUGCCAGAUCCAAGAAUCUGGCUCCUCCUUGCCUGAAACACCCACUGAAACUGAUUCAAUGGACCCAAAUAUGGCUGAACAGGACACCACAUCAAACUCAUUAACCCCUGAAGACACUGAAGACAUGCCUAUGGGGCAAGAUGCUGAAAUCUGCUUACUGAAGUCAGGAGAGCUGAUGAUCAAAUUACCCCUCACAGUAGAGGAGAUCACCAGCUUUGGGGAGGGCAACAGGGAGCUGUUUGUGAGGUCCAGUACCUACAGCCUGAUUACCAUCACCGUGGCUGAGCCUGGCCUUACCAUCAGCUGGGUCUUCUCUUCUGAUCCCAAGAGCAUCUCCUUCAGUGUGGUCUUCCAAGAGACAGAAGACACGCCACUCGACCAGUGCAAGGUCCUCAUUCCCACCACCCGAUGCAAUUCCCACAAGGAGAACAUCCGGGGCCAGCUGAAGGUCCGAAUCCCUGGCAUCUACUUGCUCAUCUUUGACAACACCUUUUCCAGAUUUAUCUCCAAAAAAGUGGUUUACCACCUGACUGUUGACCGGCCUGUGAUCUACGAUGGAAGCGAUUUCCCAUAGCAUCAGUACCUGAACUUUAAUUAGCUCUUCAUCAUCCACAGGAAACACUACUCCUCCUCACCUAUCUCAUUAAACAUGAACACACACUCUCAUCCACAAAAUUUUAAAUAUUAAAAAAUUAGAAGCAAAGGAAAGAAAAUCAGCUGUGCCCCCAGCUCAGCAGUUCUGCAGCUUUGGAAGAGGCCUUGGGCUCCACAGUGUGCUUGGCUCUAAUGCAGCCGUUACUCUCAGGUCCCAGAGCCCCUAAGAACAAGGUACAAGACUCAGCCUUUUCAUCCAAAGGGACACCAUUAGCCUCACCUGGGAUCACAGUUGGUAACAAUCUACUGUGUGGUAUUUUUCAGGCCAGACGUGGUCUUGAUAGUAUAUCUACUCUCAACAGCCAAGAUUAUAGGCCAAGGGCCACUGCCCUGGCCACUUUGUAAAGCCUUGGGUAGUCCUAGGAGAAAAACACUACAGGGUCAUCAUGUCAAAGAUGCCCCCAUUCGUUAAUUUCCCCAUGAGUGGGGUCUGUUUCUUCCACUCAGCAACUUUGGGGAGGCCAGAGUUGUGCUGUUCUCCUGAGCCUUUGUCUGCUCAGGGGCUUUGUUCAGCAAGGCCACUCAGCAGAUCUAAAUCACCACCACCACAUACACUCAGGAACCAAACGGAGGUCUAGGAAAAAGCAGCUACUACAUGAAGGCUUCAGCUCUGCAUAUGGACAGCAGGAGUCCAAAUACAGGCUAAGUUCCCUACAGUGGCACCAAAGCUCAUGUGUCAGCCUAUAGCCCAUCUUUGAUUAUAAACUAGAGUUUCUGCCUCAGCUGCAGACAGUUAUUUACUAAUGAGCAGAGCUGGGAUAAGACCUACUGUCAAUACCUGAAACCUUUCUGUGAAAGAAAAGUCUUUGAUAACUUAAGAGGCUACAUAGUGGAAGAACAGGACAUAACUUCCAUUUGCCCUCCAUCUCCCAGUCACUCCCUCCCUGUUUGCCUACUUCCUGCUAGUUAGCUCACAUCUGAUGCUGUAGACAGUUUACUGUUUCCUUUUCUAGGACAGGCAAAUAGAUAGCUUAGAUAGCUUCCUGUUCUCUCUGGCCCCUUUUUACUUCUUCCACCAAGAAUGUACCCUUGAUGGCAACUUUGUUCAGUGUGAAGCCAGCAUGUUCAGCUGAGCCUUUGAAGACUACCCUGGGUUCUUGUAGGUCUGUAUGUGGCCUGAGAUUGCUAAAAGCCAAAUUAUCUUAACUUUGAACCCUUCUACCCUCUUGCAAAUGGAAUGCUGAAGCCAGCUUGUUCAAUAGAUCAACAGCAUCCAGCACCAAAUAGGAACUCAUUUUUAUUGCUUGGAUUUUCAAAUAGGAACUCAUUUUUAUUGCUUGGAUUUUCCAGGGUAUAUUGGAGACACUGGCCAAACUCAUGGCCUUCUGCUGGUGUCACUGCCACCAUCUUCAUCAAGAGCCAUCAUUCACUGAGUUGCUGCUGUUUUGGUGGCCUGGGAGGGGCCUGAGACCUUACAUUUGAGUUCAUCCUGAACUCAGUCACUCAUCAGGAGGCCCAUGUGGUUCUUGUGAAGCUCAGACCUGAGGUGAGAGGCUCCAGUGCUGACUGCAUAGUACUCCACUAGGCAUAUACCAACUCUGUUUUUAAUAGUCUAUUUUUGUGCUAAAUGGGCUUUGUACUGUACAUGCUCCAGUCUGCUGAGCACUAGGUUACUAGAGAACAGUUGUCCUUUCAUACAUAGCUUUAUUGUUUUAAGUAGUCCCCAGUUUUACUGGGGUUUAGUCAUUGGAGUAAAUUUUUGAAAAAUGCAAUUGACAACUGAAGAAUCAUUAAGGAAGAUGAUGGCCCAGCUGGAUUUAAUUACACCAAAGAUCAUAAGGAAACAUCCUUGAGAUCUUGGUGAGUCUCUUCCUAAGGGCAGCCUCUCCUCUAAUGACUCAGCCUAUUCCUAACAGUCAGGUCAGUAGUGUUGCCAGCUGCCUGCUCGCCAAUACCACUGAAGCACUACGAGACUUCACCCACCCUGAGACAGAGUGGCCCUCCGUGUCUGAGUGGACUUUGAGAGUAUUGCUGACAGAAGCACCCAGGAUUCUAGCUAGUCCUAGACCAAGAACAGGCAAAGGAAUUCUCAAACAGGAAUCUGGAACUGAAAAUCUCCAUAUGGUUUUGGAAGUAUAAAUGAAGAGCCAUAUAUAAACAAAGAUGUUAUUUCUGAACAAUUUCAAUUGUCCCCCCCCAGGUAAUCAAACCACUCCUGGCCCAAAAAGAAGGAAAUCGUGUAGAUAUGGUUUGAUGAUCAUAGGGUUUUGUUUUUAAACUCAAACUCAGUGGUUCAACCUGUGAGAAUUCUUUAAACUGAGAAAAAAAAAACAUUCUUGGCUCAUAGGUUUUGGAAAAGGAGGCAGAGGAGAGACAUCUUUGACUCCUCAGAACCAGGGAGUGCAAUACAAAGACUAUUGAGUGCUGCUCACAUUUACAAAAAACGAACACUACUUGGUAGAAUCUUAGCACACUUUCCUUGUCUCAUUUCAUUUCUCCUGAGGAAACAGGAAAGUUAAUUCAUAAUUUCCUUUUCCCUCUCAAGCACUUUUUAAAUUUCCAGAGACCUCUGAUCAAAGGUCAUUUUUAGAGCCUUUUGAUGUGUGUUUAAUCUCAAUGUUCUUUUGGUGACUGCAGUGAUACUGAGCCUCCGUGGGAAGGCUUAAGAGUUAGAGUGCACUUUAAUUCAUUAAUCCUCGAUCCAUGUGGCCUUAUAAUAAUGGGUCAAGGGACCCAUUUCAUUCUUGCCUGCCAAAGAGUUACACAGAAGCACAUCAAACACCAGCACUUCACCUGCACGAAGGGAUGAGACUGGGAUCCCUGAGUAAACUUCUUCAAUAGUGUGUGCUAUGCCAUUUGGAAAUGUUUUUUAACCUCAGGUUUUAAAUAAAGCAAAUACU